CUCUAUUUAUGGAGGAGGAUUUUGUUUUUGUUUUUGUUCAUCCCCAGCAGCAGGCAGAUACUGAUUCAAAGGUUGUGUCUUGCUUCGAUAGAGAUCACAAUGAGCAAUAUUGUGAACGAGGAGAUCGUCGUAAAGGUCGGACCGCGCGGGGACGUAGUGAGCCGAAGCGUGGAGUGGGAUGAAUCGAGCUACGGGAACGUAAAGCAGAUCCUCGUCACCCAUGGCAACGCCAUCAACUCCAUCCAAAUCAUAUACGACAUCAAUGGCACCGCAGCACUCGCACACAGGCACGGUGGCGAUGGCGACUACUUCGACUGCAUCAGCUUCGAACCCUGGGAGUACCUGACGUCCAUCAGCGGCCACUACGGACCGGUGGAGCAGCGAGGUGCGGUGGUGAUCAGGUCGCUGAAGUUUGGCACCAACAGGACGAACUACGGCCCGUUCGGGAGGGAAGAAGGCACUCCCUUUUGCUUCAACUUCCACUCCGGCCUUGACUUCGGUGGGUUUCACGGUCGCUCCACCGGCAGCCACCUCUCCGCCCUAGGCAUCUACGUCAAAAGCAUCAGCCUGAAGCACCAUUUCAAGCCUGAUCCGCCUCAGCGCCACGCCGCGCCGCCACGCCUGUUCUCCGCUUCAGUAGAUCCUUGUGCCUGCGUGCUUUAACACAGUUCACGCCUCGCCAUACGUCAUUCGCCGACGAGCUUACCCUUACUCAAAUAUACGUUAUUCAGCGAUGACAUUGUGAUUCCCAUCACAUAACCUUUUCUUUUAGUUGGAAAUAUAUUAAUUUACAGUAAAUAAGAAAAUAAUAUUUCGUUA